AUGGCACAAGAAAUAUCAAAUUUAGCAAAGAAAUACAAUGUUACAUGGCAACAAACCAUGUUGCGUAUAUAUGACCCUAAAGAAACUGUUGAAUUCUAUGAAAAACAUUUCGGUAUGAUAAAUAUUCAUACGUAUCAUUUUAAUGAGUAUAACUUUUCUCUUUAUUUCUUGAUCACUCCUCCAUAUGAUGAAGAAGAAAGAAAGAAAUUACCUCAACCAAACACCAAAGAAUCUGAAAAAUAUUUAUGGAAUCUGAAUACUGUUUGUUUGGAACUUACAUAUAAUCAUAAUAGUCAAGAAAAAUUAAGUAAUGGAAAUAAUGAAAAUGAUAGAGGAUUUGGACAUAUUGCAUUUAAUUGUAAUGAUGUUAUUGAACUGUGUGAUAAUUUAUUUAAAAAAAAUGUUAAGUUUCACAAAUUACCACAUGAAACCAAAAUGAAAACUAUUGGUUUUGCUUUAGAUCCUAAUAAUUAUUGGAUUGAAAUUGUAAAAAGAUCAAAUAAUGUUAAAUGGAAAGAUUAUAAAAAUAUUACAAACUUUUCUCAAACAAUGAUUAGGGUUAAGAACCCUGAAAAAAGUUUAUAUUUUUAUAUAAAUAUUUUAGGUAUGAAAUUGAUACAUGUAAAACAUUGCAGCGAUUUCUCUUUAUAUUUCUUAAAAUCCAAUUAUCUAUGUGUACAAAAUAAUAAGGAAAUAAUAGAAGACCAAUCAAAUAAGAAUAAAAAUGAAAUAUAUGAUUUUAAUUCUUUGAAAAAUUCAUAUCAAACAGAUGAAGAUUAUGAAAAUUUUAAGCAAUCAUGGGAACCCGUUCUAGAAUUAACACACAAUCAUGGUACAGAACAAGAUGAACAUUUUUCAUAUCAUAAUGGAAAUACAGAGCCAAGAGGUUUUGGACAUAUAGGAUUUUUAGUAAAUGAUUUAGAGAAUUAUUGUAAAGAAUUAGAAACAUUAAAUGUUACUUUUAAAAAAAAAGUAACUGAAGGAUUAAUGAAAAAUAUUGCAUUUAUAUAUGAUCCUGAUAAUUAUGUCGUAGAGCUUAUACAACGGGACACUUCAUUUAUUGCAAAAUAA